AUGAAAUACUUCGCUGUCUGCUUCUUCGCUGUGUUGGCCGUGGCUGCUGCCAAGCCUGGCAUCCUGGCUGCCGCUCCUCUGGCCUACACCGCUCCGGCUGUGGUGGGAAGCGCCGCCUAUGUGGCACCUUAUGCUUCCAGCUUCACCGCCCACUCGGUUGCCCACAGCGCCGCCUUUCCUGCUGCCUACACUGCUGCCUACACUGCUCCGUUUGCCGCCCCCUAUGCCGCCGCCUACACUGCUCCGUUUGCCGCCCCCUACACCGCCGCAUACACAGCACCAGUUGCCCGCUACGCCGCCUACACCUCGCCCAUUGCUGCCCCCGUGGCCGCUGCAUACACCUCGCCCAUCGCUGCCGCCGCACCCGUGCUGCUGAAGAAGUAACGCAUCCCGUCCC